GCUUAUCAAAACAAAAUGGCUUCUCUUUCACUUCCAAAGCCUUUCCUCUCUCUUUUUCUUCUAUCAUUAUUCCCUUUCUUUGCCCAAGCUUUGGUUCCUCUCAAUGAGACAUUCAAGUAUGUCAAUCAAGGUUCAUUUGGGGAUUACAUCGUCGAGUACGACGGGAAUUAUCGCGUUCUAAGGCCUUUCGCCUCCCCAUUUCAAUUAUGUUUCUACAACAUAACUCCUAAUGCAUUCACCCUUGCUUUACGUAUGGGUAUUCAACGAACCGAAUCUCUCUUUCGUUGGGUUUGGGAGGCUAAUCGGGGCAAUCCUGUUCGAGAAAAUGCAACCCUAACUUUCGGACAAGACGGUAAUCUUGUCUUGGCAGAUGCCGAUGGCCGAAUUGCUUGGCGAACCAACACUUCCAACAAAGGUGGUGUUGGCUUCAGGUUACUUUCUAAUGGUAACAUGGUGUUAUAUGACUCUAAAGGUAAGUUUAUUUGGCAAAGUUUUGAUUACCCAACAGAUACUCUCUUAGUGGGUCAAUCUCUUCAGCUUAAAGGCCCAAACAAGUUAGUGAGUCGGGCUUCUGAAACAGACAACUCAGCUGGGCCUUAUAGCUUCAUCUUUGAGCCCAAAAGGUUUGCCCUUUACUUCAAAAGCCCAAAUUCUCCUAAACAAUAUGUGUACUAUGAUUCAACACAAAGGUUUGGUCAAUCUAAUGUUGUAUCAGAAAAUGUGACACUUACUUCUGAAGUGGACGCUGCUUAUUCUUAUAUAUACUUAACAUACCCUAAUGGGGGUAGUCAAGUUUUGGCUAGGCCAAAGUACAAUGCCACGUCAUCGUUUCUCCGAAUCGACUUGGAUGGUAACUUGAGGGUGUAUACUUACUAUGCUGAGGUUGAUUCCGGUGGUGCAUGGGAAGAGACAUUCAUUCUGUUUGAUAGAGAUUCAUCAUGGGAGACUGAGUGUCAAUUGCCAUCAAGGUGUGGCAAGUUUGGGCUUUGUGAGGAUAACCAAUGUGUUGCUUGCCCAUCGCCAAACGGGCUAACGGGCUGGAGCAAGAACUGCGAGCCCAAGAAGGUAACCUCAUGUGCGGCCCAAGAUGUGUACUAUUACAAGGUGGAAGGAGUUGAUCACUUCAUUAGCAAGUACAACAAAGGAGAGUCCAUAAAGGUUGAUGCUUGUGGCAACAAGUGCACAAAGGAUUGUAAAUGUUUGGGCUACUUCUACAAUACGGCAUCGUCUAGAUGUUGGAUUGCUUAUGAUCUCAAAACCCUAACCAAAGUAGCAAACUCCACUCAUUUGGGCUUCAUAAAGGCACCCAAGUGAUCUUAAACCAAAUCUUUUUUAUUUAAUUUGUUUUUCUCUCCUUUCUUUUUGGUAAGCAUUGUUUUUUUCUUCUUCGAGUCACAAUGACAAAUCUCUGUCUUUGAGCGGGUGUAAGAAAGAUCCUUCCUUGAGGACAUAGAAUAAUAGAGAUUUGCAAGUGUUUCUUUAUAAAUUAUAUAUAUGUGUGUGUUCGUUGUCACUUGAAAA